UUUUUAAACGAAAGCGAUGGCUUUGACCGUGUGAUACCAAAUUAAUUCAUGAUUAGUCCCUGUUUCGUGCCGAAAAUGAAUUAGCUCAUAUAAGAAUCAUGGUGUUUGAGUCGUAUGUUGUCGAUCUUUUGAACAAGUUCGCCGGCCAGUACUUGGAGAAUCUCGAUACUUCCCAGUUGAGGCUUGGGAUCUGGGGAGGAGAUGCCCAACUGGAAAAUUUGAUUCUUAAGGAAAGCGCCUUAGAUGACCUAGAUUUGCCUGUCAAAGUUCUACGUGGACAUUUAGGCAAACUGGUGCUGAAGAUACCCUGGAAAAAUCUGUACUCAGAACCUGUUGUUGCACAGGUAGAUGGACUUUACUUACUUGUCAGACCAAAUACUGAUAUUAAGUACAAUGCUGAGAAAGAGGAAAAAGCCAAUCAGGAGAGAAAGCAAAGACAGCUGGAAGCAGUGGAGCUUGCUCGGCAGAUUGAAGAGGAAAAGAAAAAGCAGAAUGGGCAGCAAAAAGAUGAAAAGUCAGACAGUUUUGUGGAGAAGUUAGCCAUGCAGAUUGUCAAAAACCUUCAGGUCUCAGUUCGCAAUAUUCACAUACGAUAUGAAGACUCUGUUACUAACCCUGCUGCACCAUUCUCAAUUGGAGUGACAUUAGAGAAUUUGUCAGCUGAGUCCACAGAUGAAAAUUGGAAACCCUCAAUUGUGGGUACAAGUGUGAAAAUUGUACACAAGCUUGUCAAACUUGACAGUCUUGCCAUUUACUGGAAUACAAAAGAUCAUAUUGGAAAACUGCCAACUCAAGAGGACUGGGUGAAUCAAGCCAAGGGUGGGAUAGCAAUCAGAACGAAACAGCAUUUCUCUCCUCCUGAUUUUAAAUACAUCUUGCAGCCAAUCUCAGCCACCACCCAAGUGAAGAUGAAUAUCAAGCCAGGUUCUGAUUUGAGUAUCCCAAAGAUUUUCUUAAGCUUGGUCUUGGAAGAGAUAUCUCUAGUUUUGAUGAGACAGCAGUACCAUGAUAUGAUUGAGUUGCUGGAAUCCUUCGACAGAAUGACCACAAAUUCUGUGUUUAGAAAGUACAAACCAAAUGUCCCUCUCCAUGGACAUGCUGCACAGUGGUGGAAUUAUGCAAUUACAAGUAUUCUUGAGGAAGAUGUUCGGAGGAGAUUAAGAAACUGGUCCUGGACACACAUGAAGGAACACAGGAGUCUCUGCAGGGAAUACAAAAUUUUGUACAAGAAAAAGUUACUGGAAGACAAAGCUUCUGAAUCAUUGUCAAAACACCUAGAGGUACUUGAGAGCAAGUUGGAUGUGUUGAAUAUCACCAUUUGUAGACGCCAGGCUGCUUAUGAGGGAGCUGUAGCAUUAAGGAAAAAGAAGAAGAAAGUGGAAGAGAAGAAAAGUGGCAGUUGGUUUUCUGGGUUCUGGGGCUCCAGUAAAAAAAGCAAGAAGGAGGAGGAUAAAUCAGAAAUUUUAACUGAAGAUCAGAAAAAAGAGGAACUGGAGAAGUUGUACAGUGCCAUUGGUUACAGUGAAGGAGAAACCAUUACAGCAUUCCCCAAGGAGUAUGUGGAAAAUAAAGUUGAGGUGAAAUUGAAACAGAUUAGUGUGGCUCUAAGAGAUGAUGCAGCUGUCAAGUUAGUUGAUGUUGCCAAACUGAGUUUCCAGGAUCUUUAUGCAGAGCUCUCCCAAAGACCAUCAGCACAAGCAAUCAAGCUGUCAGCAAAAGUUGACCAGAUGAAGAUGUUUGGUUCAGCUAAUGCUGUAGAUGGAAAAAUGCCGCUCAUGAUAACCUCUCAAGAUGAUAAACUAGCAAGCCAAUAUGAUCUUUUUACUGUAUCGUUUGAGACCAACCCAUUGGACGGAAAGUGUGACCAGAGAGCUAAAGUGACAUCUCAACCUGUCAAAGUUGUGUAUGAUGCCAACACAGUGGAUCAUAUCGUCACUUUCUUUACACCUCCAAAAGAUGUCCAUCUCCAGGAGCUGUCAGCCGAGGCAUACUCAAGACUAGAAGAUCUGAAGUCAGUGUCCAAAGCAAGUCUGUACUAUGCAAUCGAACACCACAAGAUAACAGAUGUGGAUGUGGAUGUGAAGUCUCCAUUUGUCAUCAUACCAGAGGGAGGCACCUUUAAAAAGUCAAGCAAUGUGCUUGUCAUUGAUCUUGGGCAUGUGAAGAUCACCAGUGAUCCAGACCAAGAGAGGAUUGUAUCCACAAAGGAUCUAAGCGUGGAGGAGUUGGAGUCGAAGUGUUACGAUAAGUUUGAUUUUAAACUGGAAGACCUUCAAAUCCUCAUCGCAAAAGCAGAUGAAGACUGGCAGGCCGCAAGGAAGCAGGUCAACUCUAAGAUGCAUAUUCUAGAUCCGAUGGGAAUUGACAUGAAGCUUCAGAAAGCAUUAAAUCCUGACGACAUCAGGCUUGCACAGAUCACACUCUCUGGAACCCUUCCAACUGUAAAAGUCCAUGCCUCUGAUGAGAAGCUUCUUCAGGUUAUUAAGCUUGCUGCCAGCAUCCCAAUACCAGGAGGUGAACAAGCUUUGAAACAAACGGAUAACAAACCAAUGGACAUUCCUGGUGAAAAUCGCCGGUAUGCAACUGCAAGGGCUGAUGGUGACGUAACACAGUUGGGUGUUUUGGAAGGUGCUACAGGAGAACAAGAUGACACAGCUGAGGAAAUGGAUGAAAUAUUCCAGACGCCACCUGAAACUCUAACCGGAGAAUCCAGCCUUGAACGAGCUAAGAGUGAAGAAAAAAAAGCUAUGGCCCAACAAGUUAAAGUUUCGCUCAAGUUUAAGAUAGAAGAGAUAUUCGUUGAUUUUAGCACAAUGGAUAGUGGAGGGAAAUUGACGCCUUGUCUUGCGCUGCAUGUCAAAGGCCUGGGUACCGAUGUUGUCAUGCAUCCUUGGGAUCUUUCAGCAAGUGCUUCUUUGUCUUCUCUGGCCAUAGUGGAGAAGAUCCAUGGGACUGGCGGAGGUCCUCUUUAUCUUGUACAGACGCCUGUUGGGGCAGAGCUACUCUUUGUUAAAUUUGUUAUGGUAAAAUACCUUAUCUUGUGAGGUCUACUGCAUGUAUUUAAGACCCAGUUUUGACCAGUAUGCAUUACGUGCGGCGUUGGCCAUCGGUGGCCGUUAACUCGAUGUUGAUUAUGCCACAAGCUUCGUAAAAAACAAUCCAGGCUUCACUUUCGUGAAAACCAUCACGAAAAAACAGAGGUGCGCAAUGCACACUGAGUCUGUAAUGAUGUGGGCCUAUGACAAGCCCCAGUAAGCCGGGAAUUCAUGGCAAUUUACAGAUUCAUUUGAGGUCGUAGAAGGGAGUACGGCUAAUCUUGGAAUUAAUGAAAUGACUAAUCUCUAUACUUGGGAAAUAUUGUUCUGCAUGCUUAAGAAUAAAGUGAAAAACAAAACGUUAUCCUGAGUUAGAGGCAGUCAGUGUUUGGUAAUUUGAGGAUGUGUUGUUUUCAAAUUUAUACAAAUGGUACUCUCUAUUCUCAUCAUCAGGAUGCAGAUGGUAGAAAUUAGUUCUUUUUGUCUUUUGAGAAGUAGUUAAAUAGUUGACAGGAGAUUUAUUGUUUGUGGUUGUCACUUCCGUGCUUACACGGUGUAAAGGUCUAUAUCUGCAGCACUAUAUCUGUUUAUAAUUGAAGUAUGAAA